CAGUGGCUUCUGCGGUCACAUGGGUUAUGUGCUGGAGUUUAAAAGAGCUUAUAGCCCCCGAGCCGGUGCAGAAGCAGCCGGUGGUUGCAUGGGGUAGCGCCGGGAGCGGCGGCAAGGAAGGAAGGCGCCCCAUCUCAGCACCUUUCCCCUGUGAAGACCCGGGAGUGCACAGCGUCCUUCUGCGGGGACCUCCCCACCGCCACCGCCAGCUCUAGCCUCCGCUCGCCUCUGCUUCCCUGCAAGCGUGAAGCCUCCAUCCUCUCCGGCUAUCGUGGCAGCCCUUCUGCUCUCCUGAGUAAAAUCCCAGAUCUGAGAAGCGAGGGUUGGACGAGCAGCCAGGAGAAUCGCCCAGACGUUUAUGAGAAGUUGGGGACGCCCCAAGGACUCUGGACUGGUGGAGAGGUAAGAGAUGGCUAACCCUGUGCCGUCAGCGUGCUGCGUGGUGCUCGCCGUCGUGGUGGUGGUGUACGCCCAGAGGCACAGCCAGCUGGAGAGCCACACCCAGUACGAGCGGGUAGGUGCAGACGUGACCAUGAAAUGUGGCUCCAUGGACUGGGACGCAGCCGUGACCUGGACAGCCAACGGCACCGACAUCGACGAGUCCCACCUGAACGGCUCCUACCUGGUCCUCAAGAACGUGGACCUGUCCCAGAGCGGCCAGUACUCCUGCUACGAGGGCUCCUCCUGGCACCUCAAAUACCAGACCAACCUGAGGGUGGGAAUGCCCCCGAAGGAGCCAGUGCUGAUGUGCCGGUCCAACAACUACCCGAAGGGUUUCUACUGCAGCUGGCACCUGCCCACUCCCACCUACAUCCCCAACUCCUUCAACAUCUCUGUCAUACACGGCACAAAAGACAUGGUGUGUGAGAAGGAUGCCGUUCCCAAAAACAGGUGUCACAUCAGAUACCUCCAGCUCUUCUCGACGGUGAAGUACAAGGUGACGCUGACAGUCACAAAUCCUCUGGGCAAAAACUUCACCACGCUCACCUUUGACGAGUUCGCCAUAGUAAAACCAGACCCUCCGGAGAGUGUGGUGGCCAAACCUGUGCCAAAUAACCCUCGAAGACUGGAGGUGUCAUGGCAAAACCCCUCAUCGUGGCCUGACCCUGAGUCCUUCCCACUGAAGUUCUUCCUGCGGUACCGGCCCCUCAUCCUGGACCAGUGGCAACACGUCGAGCUGUCGGACGGGACAUCACACACCAUCACGGACGCUUACGCUGGCAAGGAAUACAUCAUCCAGGUGGCAGCCAAAGACAACGACAUCGGCACGUGGAGUGACUGGAGCGUGGCCGUUCAUGCCACCCCCUGGACAGAGGAGCCCAAGCAUCUCACCACGGAGGCCCAGAUCACAGAGACAACAAGUGCUAGCACCUCCUCUUUCAUGGCACCACCCACAACCAAGAUCUGUGACAAGGGGGCCGUGGUGGGCAGCGGGGCCAUGGCAGUGUGUUGGACAGCUGGACUGGUCGUGGCUGCCUAUAGUGUCCUCUUUAUUUAG